GGGAGGCGGAGCCGGACGGCGGCGGCGGCGCGUAGCAGGUGUGUGCGUGGCCGGUGCGGGGCCCCCGGCCAUCCUCGCAGGUCUCCAGGCAGGAUCUCACUGCUGAGGACCCCUCACUCUGCUGAGGGCAGGGCCCACUGUCUCCAGGAUGGCGAGAUGGCUGCCCCGCUCUACCGACCUGAUCCGCUUCUGCCAGAAGCUCAACCGGGUGAAGACCCUGGAGGACGACAUGAUGGAGACAUCCUUUAACAGAUGCCUUUCCACCAUCGACUUGACGCUGCUGGGCAUUGGGGGCAUGGUGGGCUCUGGGCUGUACGUCCUCACGGGCACCGUGGCCAAGGAGAUUGCCGGCCCCGCUGUCAUCGUCUCCUUCAUCAUCGCUGGCUUUGCCUCACUCCUGGCUGCUCUCUGCUACGCCGAGUUUGGAGCCCGCGUCCCCAAGACAGGUUCUGCCUACAUGUUCACCUAUGUGUCCGUGGGUGAAAUCUGGGCUUUCCUCAUUGGCUGGAACGUGCUGCUGGAGUACAUGAUCGGGGGGGCUGCGGUGGCCAGGGCCUGGAGCGGCUAUCUGGACUCCAUCUUUAACCACAAGAUCAAAAACUUCACCGAGACCCAUGUGGGUGCCUGGCAGGUGCCAUUCCUGGCCCGCUAUCCAGACUUCCUGGCUGCUGCCAUCCUACUGGUAGCCACCACCUUCAUCUCCUUUGGGGCCAAAGUGUCCUCCUGGCUCAACCACGUCUUCUCAGCCAUCAGCAUAGGGGUCAUCCUCUUCAUCCUCAUUAUGGGCUUUGUCCUCGCACAGCCAAAGAACUGGAGCACCCAGGAGGGUGGCUUUGCCCCAUACGGGCUGUCGGGCAUCAUGGCUGGCACAGCCACCUGCUUCUAUGCCUUUGUGGGCUUUGAUGUCAUCGCAGCCUCCAGUGAAGAGGCCAGGAACCCGCAGAGGGCUGUCCCCAGGGCCAUCGCUUUCUCCUUGGGGCUGGCCACCGGCGCCUACAUCCUGGUGUCAGUUGUGCUGACGCUGAUGGUGCCCUGGCACACACUGGACCCUGACUCUGCCCUGGCUGAUGCGUUCUACAGGAGGGGCUACGCCUGGGCAGGGUUUCUGGUGGCUGCUGGCUCCAUCUGUGCAAUGAACACAGUUCUGUUGAGCAACCUCUUCUCCCUGCCGCGCAUCGUCUACGCCAUGGCCGAGGAUGGGCUCUUCUUUCAGGUGUUCUCCCGAGUGCACCCCCGCACACAGGUGCCCGUCAUCGGCAUCGUGGUCUUUGGGCUGCUUAUGGCCCUGCUGGCCCUUGUCUUUGACCUAGAGGCACUGGUGCAGUUCCUGUCCAUCGGCACGCUGCUGGCCUACACCUUCGUGGCUGCCAGUAUCAUCGUCCUGCGCUUCCAGCAGCAGAAGGGGGAUGUCCCAGCACCGGUGGCCAGCGGCCAGCCCAACCCUGAACCCCAUGAGGGCCCGCCUGAGGGCGAGCUGAAGGAGUACGAGUCUUUCUCUGACAAGCUGCAGCUGGUGGACAGGAACAAGAGCAAAGAGCAGCGGGAGCCAGGGCAGCUGAAGGCAGCGUUUGAGCCCUACCUGGAGUUCCUCAGUGACUUCUACCCAGGUGAGGUGGUCACGGUGGCCGUGGUGACCCUGAUGGUGUCUGCCAUAUGCCUUUGCUCCAUCUUAGUGUUUGGCAACACCCACCUCCACCUGCCCACCUGGAGCUACUCCCUGCUGUUGGUCCUCUUCAGUCUGGGCUUCCUGCUUAGCCUCCUCCUCAUCUGGGCACACGAGCAGCAGCACAGCACCCAGACCUUCCAGAUCCCCCUGGUACCCCUAUCCCCAGCACUGAGCAUCAUCCUCAACAUCUACCUGAUGCUGAAGCUCAGUUACAUGACGUGGCUCCGCUUCGCUGUCUGGCUCCUCUUAGGCCUGCUCGUCUACUUUGGCUAUGGCAUCUGGCACAGCAAGGAGAACCUGCGGGAGCCGCGGCCCCAGCGUGUCAGCGCCCGCUACGUGGUGUUCCCGGGUGGCAGCCUGGAGGAGAGGGUGCAGGCAGUCCAGCCCAGCUCCCAGCCUGCCACUGGCCUGCCAGACACUGACACCGAUGACUGCAAGAGAUGACACCCCUGGCAGCGGGGGCACCUGGAGAUGGGAGCGUCGGAAUCUCCUCUUGCAGUGAGGCCAGAGACCUACCCCCCUCCUCCUGGUCCCUCUGACAGCAGAGCCACUGGGGCUGCCCUGGGUGUGGGGCUGCUCCUGGAGAGGCUGCUCACCCUUCCCCACACACUUCUGACAGCGUGUGGAGGGACAGGCUGCCUCCCUCCCCAUCCCCUGCACUCAGGAGCUGGGUCUCAGCCCAGUGCUUGCCCUGCUCAUGAGGGGCCGUGUCCUUGUCACCUCUCCCCGAGCACACCCUGGCACUGUGCAGCACACCUCCUGUCUGCCAGCACAUCCGUGCAGCUGGGGAUGCAGAGGUUCCCCAGGAACCAGGACAGGCAGCCCAGUGCUGCUCAUCCUAAACCUCAUCUUGGGUGCAACCUCUGUGCCUCCUACAGAGUCCCCUUCAGAAGGAGGCAGGGGCCAAUCAUGCAUCCCCAAAGGCACCCCUGCCAUCCCUAUUCCCAAGGCUGCUCUCCUCAAAGGCUGGCGCUGAGGGAGCUGAGGGGCAGCUGGAGACAUGAUGUGGAGAAGGGAUAUGGCCAGAGUGGGUGGCUGGGCAGGUACCCCAGCAAAGCCAGUGGAGGCCAGCAUGGCAAAAGGCCAGCUGCAUCUUCCCAGCUGCUGGAAUUUGCUGUCAGAGGGGUGGACUGUAGGCCAUUCCUGCUGGAAGAUAACACCAGGCUCCUUGCCCCAGCCCUGAGUGGGCUAUGGGUGCUCAGGACCCCAAGUCUCUAGAGGUCUCCAGCAGCACCCCUGGGCUGAUCUGCCUGGAGCUGGCUCCCCACUUCUGCACCCCAGUAGCACCACCUGCCCCACCUUGGGGACUCAGUCCCCUAUGAUGCCCCUUCCAGGCUCUCUGGGGCUUGGGAUAGGCUCAGCGGGUGCUUUUCGGUACGUCCCCUUCCACAGCAAUUAUCCCCAUGCUCUGGGGUCACCCCAGCUGCAAAGGUGUCAUGGGGGUGGGGAUCCCCAGCAGCACUGCUGCAGCCACCCCUGGGUGUUUUUCCCAUGGGCAGGCUAAAGUGGAAGGGAAGAGAGUUUCAGCAUGUUUUGGAAGUCAGUCAAGCGUGAGGUUGCCAACAUGACAGGCCUUGCAGCAUGGACACCGUACUCCAUCCUCAUCCUCUGCAUGCUGUGAGGAGCUGGGAACCGUGGGCAAGCUGUUCCAUUACUUCUUGCUGGCCAGUCCCUGGGGGGCCUUGGAGAGGCUGUGAGGAUCCUCAGUAGGAUGUGCUGGCUCUGGUGAACCCCUCUGCCAGCACUGCUCCAUGUCCCGUCUUGUCCCCGCACUGCCACCACUGGAGCUGUGGCCCUGCUUGGCACCUCUGUGUCGUGGCUUGUGAGCAACGGGCUGAUUUGGUCAUCCUCAUAAACACUGUUUCUGCGGUGGCUCUGUCUGGUUGUGAUCUCUGUGUCCCCAAGACUCGAGGUGGGAAGCUGCUCCGCAGUCAAUGCUCCAGAAAGCACCCCCAGAAAGUGGGGAAGAGGAGGGUCAUGCUGCCCCCUGCCACCCUGCUGCCACUGGGGUUCCAGUCAGGAGGACAAGCUCCAGCCAGACCCACAGAAACCAGGACCCCUCGGGACUGGGGUAGGCUGGGACUUCAGCCUUACAGUACACAAAUACCCUGAUAUUGACCCAGACAGGACUGAACCCCACUGUGAACAGCAAGGACGGUGAUGAGCCAGCACCAGGGCAGGGUCACUAAAGCUGCCCAAGGUUAUGAGCCAAAUGAUGUGAGAAUUUGUGCAAUUAAUGGGAAUUUAAUUAUAACCCACAGUUACCCCCAUCCCCACGCUGCUGUUCUCUUGGGAAAUGUCCUUCCUGAGAUAACAGAGUCCUUCAUUAAAAAGCAAGCAUUCAACGGGCCCCCAGGGAGGCACAGGCUGAACCCUCCUUAGUGACUCAGCUUUAAUCUCGGUAAUAAAUCCAUUGUCAGCAUGACAAAGACGAGUAAAAAGAUCUUUAGGGACACGGGAGGAGAAGCGCAGGGCUGGGAAAGGGCAGGAACGUCCUCACAGAAAGGGAUGGGCUGAGGCUAACUUUUAUAUUCCCCUGUGGAGGAAAGUCAACAGCAGUCACAGCUCUCAGUUCUCCUAGCAGGGGUCUCAAUGAGCCUUUUAAGCUGCAAAAGACCAAAGAGUUAUUGAAUGAGCCUUGUAACCAUUGAUAUUUAUUCUAUUUAAAAACAUUCAUUUCUAAAAAUGCACAGAAAUCCCUGUUAGGCUGUGGCACACAAAGCACAGGGUCCUCCCCAGCAGAGCAGGGGGUGCCAGGGAUGCAGCCAGCAGGGCAUUAAAGGAUUGGAGUGUACUUCUCCAGCAGCUGGGGGGCCAGUGGGGCGUCUCAAACACACUUGUGGAGGUUUCUUUUAAACAGGAUUACAAAAUCGGUCAAUUCAUGUGUCAUACGCUAAUCUACAGCAGUAACACGCUCUGCACAGAACAUGUAUUAAUUGAUUUUUAAUUGACUACUCAUUAAUGCACACAGGAAAAAGGGGGGAUGACAGCAGCCACUUGGCACACAGACAGCACUUCUACAGGAAUUUGUUCCUGCAAAUUGUAAUAGCAGAGAAAAAUAAUCCAAACUAAACAGCAUCAGCAGGGCUUUAAGGUGACAGCCUGUAAUUGUAAGAGAAAACACUGGCUGCCCCAUCCAUACCCUUGAUUCCAAACAGAUGUAAAAUGAAACCAUUCCCAUGCACAGCUCCCAGAACCCUGUUUCAUGGAGCUCCAGGAGCAGCUGCUUGCUGCUUCACUGUGGCUGAGCAUACACCUAUUUUCCAGAGCAGUAUUCUUCUCCAAAUAAACUUACAAG